AGUUUAAAUUUAUCGCCGACGCUCCAACGCUUAAACAUCAACAUAACCUGCCAGCUUAUUUACUAAUUACUAUAUUUAUUUAUAUUAUUUACAUUUUAUAAUAACAGUAACAAGUCCAUUUAAUUCAAUUAAUGUCACAUUUAUAUUCCUGAUUUUUUUUACUGGUAAGUUAUUUUAUAAAAAUGUUUGAGGCGCACAAUCUGUACGCGGAGCACAAGGAUCUGAUCCAUGAUAUUGCCUACGAUUAUUAUGGCCAGCGUAUGGCAACAUGUUCUAGUGAUCAAUUUGUCAAGGUCUGGGAUGAAGACGAUCAAGGCAACUGGCACUUGAGCGCAUCAUGGAAAGCGCACAGUGGUUCUGUUUGGAAAGUAACUUGGGCACAUCCAGAGUUUGGACAAGUAUUAGCAACAUGUUCUUUUGAUCGUACUGCAUCUGUUUGGGAAGAAAUUGUUGGUAGAAGUUCUGGACCAAAUGAACGCGGUAUGCGUCACUGGAUACGACGAACGAAUCUAGUGGAUUCGCGAACGUCUGUGACAGACGUUAAAUUUGGCCCUAAAACAUUAGGAUUAAUAUUAGCGACAUGCAGCGCUGAUGGUGUAAUUAGAAUUUAUGAAGCACCGGAUGUUAUGAAUUUGAGUCAAUGGACUCUGCAGCACGAUAUCAAUUGCAAGCUCGCUUGCAGCUGUAUCUCCUGGAACCCAUCAAUGUCUAGACUCCACCCGCCAAUGAUCGCUGUCGGUAGCGACGACACUAAUGCUACAGCAGGCGGCAAAGUCUUUAUUUACGAGUAUUCCGAAAAUAGCAGACGCUGGACGAGGACCGAAACAAUCUCGAACGUCGUCGAGCCCGUCCACGAUAUCGCUUUCUCCUCGAACCUCGGCAGGAGUUAUCAUACUCUAGCCAUUGCCACCAAAGAUGUUCGGAUCAUAACUCUGAAGCCUAUUCAGGAUAGCGCCCAAAAUGGUCUAUCACGAUUUGAAAUAACGACGGCAGCACAAUUCGACGAUCAUUACUGCACCGUUUGGCGCGUCUGUUGGAACACAAUGGGAACUAUUUUAGCCAGCUCUGGGGAUGAUGGAUGUGUAAGGCUAUGGAAAGAUAAUUAUAUAAAUAAUUGGAAGUGUGUUGCUGUGUUAAAAGGCGACGGCACUUCAACAUUAAGUACCGAAGUAUCCCAGAGCGGAACACCACCUGGACAAUCAAAUAACACACAGUUGCCAUUAUCAACAACAAGUUACAGAACAAUAGCUAUUGCUGAGGCGAGCUGUGAAAAAUCGAUGAUAAAUGUCCCCCCGGCAAAUAAAUGGCAAGCACCUGUGAUUAAAGGACGAUUUAGUAAGACUGUUUGGUUGGGUAAUCCAAGUGAAACGGCAUUACCGCCUCCGCCGUCAGUCCUCGAGUACUCGAGAGUAAAAAAGUAAAUAUUUAAUAUGCAUAUACUUUAUCGAAUGUUCCGUGACAUUUUUUAAAUAUUUAAUAUUUAAAUUAAAACUCUAAGAAUUUAUGUUUACUUUUUUAUUUUUUAAGUACAAGUUGGCUUUGAUUGAAAAUGUUUUUUAAAUUGUUAAAUAAUACGCUUAGAUAGUAGAUUCAGGAUAAUUAAGUAUUACGAUAGUUUUUACUUUUAUUAACAGUGUGCUAAGUCAAUACAAGUUGCAGAAACUUGGGCGGAAAAAAGGUGUAAAAUUAUAUAUGAGCUAUUAAGAAUUAACUUUGGGUAAAUUAGUUUUUUUUUAGAUGAAGAGGAUUUAAUUGCUGCUCCAACAAAGAUAUUUAUUUUAUUUACCUCUAGUUCAAGGGGUAGACUGUUAUAACUUAUAACUUAUACAAAUUUUCUAGGAGAAUAUCUUUGGCAAGUUAUUUAAAUUUUGUUAAUUAUUUUUUUCUGAAAUUUUUUUUU